AUGAGCAACAGGUUCGGCAGAGAGCACAGGCAACUGCCUCACUGCAUCAGGCUGCUGCCAGAGAACCAGCCUCGUAACCGCCAGGAGUAUCUCAUUAGAAAAGCUUUGAACCCUGAGGAUGCGGACAUGUACUUCGACAACGCCGGCCGCUUUUUGUACGAUACCAAGUGCAUAGCGCAAGAACUGGAGCGGAUCAAGGUGGAGAAGAGAAGGGCGUUGAGCCUUGUCAGCAACCAUGCACAGUUUCUCAAGUCGCUGAUCAUGGGAGAGCCGGAAAAACCCCAGGUGGACAUCGCUUCCAUGAGAGCAAGGUACAGAAGAGCUCAAGCGAAAGCCUCCCAGUCCUUGCUAUCAGCUGAUGUGUCCAGGUCAGAGGAUAGCGAGACAGGAAACAUGAAGCCUAAGAAAUCCUCAGCCACAGUCAGGAGAAGUCCACGGCCAUCAAGUUCUGCGUCUUUCACAAGCACAAUUAUGUCCCCAACCAGCGAUGCUACAUCAUGA